GAACAUGGCGCUGCUCUGGCUGCCUGAGCUUGUCCUUGUGCUCAGCUUGUCCUGCCUGCAAAGCCCCUGCUCAGCGUUCUCUCCUGUGAGCACCAUGGAGCCCUUGGGCCUGCAGCUGAUGAGCGGGCAGACCCAGCAGAAGCUACCCCCACUUUCCCUCCUCAAGUUGGGCAACCAGGAGCCUGGUGGCCAGACUGCCCCAAAGAAGGCCCCAGGAGACUGCGAGGGGUCCCCAAACCCGGAGCAGACCCGCAGGCUGGCCCAGGCCAUGAUGGCCUUCACCAGAGACCUCUUCUCCCUGGUGGCCCAAAACUCCACCAGGCCCAACCUGAUCCUGUCGCCUCUGAGUGUGGCCCUGGCACUGUCUCACCUGGCACUAGGUGCUCAGAACCAAACGCUGCAGAGGCUGCAGCAGGUGCUGCACGUGGACUCAGAGCCCUGCCUCCCCCACCUGCUCAGCCGCCUCUGCCAGGACCUGGGCCCUGGGGCUUUCCGAUUGGCUGCCAGAAUGUACCUGCAGAAAGGAUUUCCCAUCAAAAAGGACUUCUUGGAACAAUCAGAACAGCUCUUUGGUGCAAAGCCCAUGAGCCUGACGGGAAGGAAGAGGGAUGACCUGGCAAACAUCAACCAAUGGGUGAAGGAGGCCACAGAGGGGAAGAUUGAGGAUUUCCUCUCAGAUCUGCCAGAUGACACAGUGUUGCUUCUCCUCAAUGCCAUCCACUUCCAGGGCUUCUGGAGGAGGAAGUUCGACCCGAAUCUCACGCGGAGAGACACUUUCCACCUGGACGAGCAGUUCACGGUGCCGGUGGACAUGAUGCAAGCCCGCACGUACCCGCUGCGCUGGUUUCUGCUGGAGCAGCCUGAGAUCCAGGUGGCUCAUUUCCCCUUUAAGAACAACAUGAGCUUCGUGGUCGUCGUGCCCACCCAUUUUGAGUGGAACGCGUCCCAGGUGCUGGCUAGCCUGAGCUGGGGCGUGCUGCACCAGCCCUUGCUGCGGGAGAGGCCCACCACGGUCCAGCUGCCUAAGCUGCACCUGAAAUACCAAAUGGACCUGGUGGCCAUCCUCAGCCAGCUGGGCCUGCAGGAACUGUUCCAGGCCCCGGACCUGCGCGGGAUCUCAGACCAGAGCCUGGUGGUGUCCAGCGUGCAGCAUCAGUCCACGCUGGAGCUCAGAGAGGCCGGCGUGGAGGCGGCCGCGACAACCAGCACGGCCAUGUCCCGCAUGUCCCUCUCCUCCUUCAGCGUGAACCGCCCCUUCCUCUUCUUCAUCCUCGAGGACAGCACGAGCCUGCCCCUCUUCGUGGGCAGCGUGAGGAACCCCAAUCCUGGCGCGCAGCCGGAGCUCAAGGAGCAGCAGGACUCCCCUGACAACAGGGACUUUUUCCAGCACCAGAAAGGCUUCCCCCGCGGAGACAAGCCGUUCGGCCCUGACUUAAAACUUGCGCCCCCCUCGGAGGAGGAUUACCCCCAACCUAGCAGCCCCAAGUGAGGGCUGUGGCCGCCAGCAGCCCGAGCCCCGG